CCCGCCUUACCCUCUUCACUUGAAUUCUCAUUCAUCUUCUUCUUCUUCUUCUUCUUCUUCUCUCCGAAAAUGGAGUGACCGAGUGAGAGCAUUGUUGUAAUGCUCUUUCCUCUAUCACUCUCUGCAAAUGGACACUCCCGACAGGGCCACCACCACCAACAACCUCAAUCCCCCCAAAUUUGAGGAUUCACCGGUAUUUAACUUUCUCAAUAGUCUAUCUCCUAUAAAGCCAGUUAAAUCUGUUCACAUUACCCAGACCUUCAGUUCAAUUAGCUUUUCAUCCCCUCCAUCGGUUUUCACAUCACCCCAUGUCAACUCUAACAAGGAAUCCAGAUUCCUGAGGAGGCAUAACCUUUUAGACACAUCAAAGCCAAAGGUUACAUCUGAGGAUGAAAAUCAAACUGGUUCAGCUGAACAGGCUCUUACAGAUUCAACUCAUGCACAUAAUAACUCAAGGGAGUUAGAGAAAAAUGCUGAUAAAGGAACUUCCAUAGGGGAUGCCUCAAUUGAGCCAGCCAGUGAACAAGCAAAGUUCUCAAUCGAGCUGCCACAGACCUUAAAAUAUGAGUCUGGUAGCCCUGGAUAUGAUCCUAUACUUUGUGGUGAUGAGGCUAAUACACUUCUGUCAUUGCCUUCUUCUGAGGCAGCACAAGAUGUUGCCUGCAGUCAUGAAUCCUCUAAAAAGAAUUUGGUGGAGGGUGAACUGCAUCUCCACGGAAUAUGUCAGACUGAGCCGAAAAUUGAUGGCACCGAGUGUGAUUGGGAUAAUUUAAUUAAUAAUGCAUCUGAUAUGUUAAUUUUUAGUUCGCCAAAUGUCUCAGAAGCUUUUAAGGAUCUAAUGAAUAAACAAUUGGACCCUUCCGGACGUAUAAUGCAAAUUGUCAAUCAAGUUGCUUCUGGAUCAGGACAUGAAAAUGAAGAUCAUCCUCCCAAACCAGGACUAGCUUCAGACACACAAUACACACAGGAAAAUAUUGCUAAUGUUGCUUUGGUGGCUAGCAAUCCAUGUGAGAAAAUGGAUGAUGAGCAUGUUUAUGUUAUACACCGUGGUAUACGGAGGCGCUGUCUAGACUUUGAGAUGGCCAGCGUUCGCAGAAAUAACUCAGACGGCAAUUCAAAUGCAAGUUCCAAUGCAACAAAGUCUGAUGAGAGGAAUACUGGUGGUGAUUCAAGGAGGUGCUUUUUGCCGGGAAUUGGUUUACACUUGAAUGCGCUUGCAACUUUGAAGGAGCACCGUGGCAUGAAAAAUGAAAAGUCUUCUUCUGGAAGACAGCUUAACAUUCCCAGCUCCACUUCUUCCUUGUUACCGCAAGAACAUCAUCUGUUAUUGCUACCUGCAUCCUCUGAAAGAGAUAUGGAGCUGCCAGAGAAUGAGGUUCAGCCUGUCGACGAUUGUAGUCAGUCAUUAUCUCUCAUGGCCGGUGAAGAAUUCAAUCAGAAUAGCCCCAAAAAGAAAAGGCGGAAGGUGGAAACAGCUGGAGAAAGUGAGUCUUGCAAACGGUGUAAUUGUAAGAAAUCAAAAUGUUUGAAGCUUUAUUGCGAGUGCUUUGCUGCUGGAGUCUACUGUAUAGAACCUUGCUCUUGUCAAGACUGCUUCAAUAAACCUGUUCAUGAAGAUACUGUUCUUCAAACUCGCAAGCAGAUUGAGUCACGUAACCCGCUUGCAUUUGCUCCCAAAGUCAUCAGGAGUUCUGAUUCUGUUUCUGAAAUUGCGGAUGAUCCAAACAAAACUCCAGCUUCGGCACGACACAAAAGAGGAUGUAAUUGCAAGAAAUCAAGCUGCCUAAAGAAAUAUUGUGAAUGUUAUCAGGUAUUUUCCGUUUCUAUAUCAUUUGUGCCUUCUAUUUCAGUUAUAAUACGAGUUAAAUGUUGGUUUCUUUCAAAGGGUGGUGUUGGUUGCUCCAUUAGCUGUAGAUGUGAAGGCUGCAAGAACGCAUUCGGUAGAAAGGAUGGUUCUGCAGGAAUAGAUGCUGAGGCAGAAGAAGAGACAGAAGCAUCGGAAAAGGGCGAGGUGGAAAAGGCUUUGCAGAAAACUGAAAUUCAGAAUAUUGAAGAAAAUCAGAAUUCUGCUCUUCAAGCAACACCAUUACGGCUUUCCAGACCAUUGCUUCCAUUGCCCUUUUCAUCGAAGGGAAAGCCGCCUAGAUCUUUUAUUGCUACGAUCUCUGGUUCUGCAUUGAUUGCCAGCCAAAAGCUUGGUAAACCAAAUAUUCUUCGGCCUCAAGUUAAGUUAGAAAAGCCUCAUCAAACUGUAGCAGAUGAUGAAAUGAUGGACAUUAUCCAAGGUGAUAGCUCUCCUAUCGCUUGCAUAAAAACCUCUUCUCCCAAUGGCAAAAGGAUUUCCUCUCCUAAUUGUGAACUUGGAUCAUCUCCAACUCGCAGAGGUGGCAGGAAGUUGAUAUUACACUCCAUCCCUUCGUUUCCUUCCCUCACCCAUCACCAUUAGAAUGUGAAUCUUGUCUCUUGCUGUGUUAGAAUCUUGUCUCUUGCGGUUGAAGCUACGCUUAGGCCUAUGUACAUUGUUGAGCUUCCUUUUACUCUCGUAAUAAUAUGUACCGUCGAGUCCAUAAUGUACAACUAAGUUCAUUUGUAUUAGAUUUAAUUUUAAUUCAUGUUAGAGCUUGAUUGUCCAA